AUGCGUCGCGCGCGGUCACUGCUUCUGGCAGUUGCGCAUGUACCAUUUGCGUCCUUUGUAACUUCACUGGUGAUCGAGAGCCCCGUCUGUCGACUGCUGACUCAUGUGUCCAGCGAGUUCACGAAUGGUACGCUGCUGGAAGCUGGCAGACUACGGGACGUUCCCAUUGUACCAGUGGUGCCGUUCACAGCUUGUGCGCCGCUGCGUGGCCAGAACUUGACGGGAAAAGUGGCGCUCGUGCUCCGUGGGGAGUGUAACUUUGUGCAGAAAGUGUGGCACGCUGAACGUGCGCUCGCAGCUGCCGUGGUGGUGAUGGACAGUGAGCUUCGACACGAACCUCCGUAUCAUAUUAUCAUGAUGAAAGAUGACGUGGCCAGUGGGAUUCGCAUCCCAUCAGUGUUCAUCUCGUACACAUCCGGCGAGUGGCUGCUCGAUGCCAUGAGUCGCGCGGUUCCGUGGGAUCCACUACGGGUAUCGAUUGAUGUCAACGGCGAACUGCCGCAAGCGUCAACGUCGAAUCGCUUGCUAAAGCGCGUGAUUGCCUACAUUUUUCUUAUUUCCAUUGUCUGCGCGUUCUCAAGUGGGCUGAGCUUGCUUUCGUCGGUGAUUUUCCAGUGGGUUGGAAAGACUCGGCGAUCUCGUGUCGCGAAGCAACUGCCGGUCGCUAAGUAUGAGCGCAACAUGCAACGCACUCUGCUCGAACACCUGCUGGAAAGUCAAUUCGUGGUAGAUCACAUUCCAUUCACUGCAAUCGAAAACGCAGCUCAUGGUUGUGACAGCCAUCCGCAAUUGGGCAGCGCCUCUGUUGUAGUGACUGCCACUGCAAGUGCGAGCUCAUACGAAAUGACGCAGACUGUGUCAAGUGGUGGCAGUUUGCUCAUCGGGGAGAAACGAGAACGCACAGAACAAGAAAACAAGCUGACCGCGGACGAAAGUACUUACCAGAGCUCCACUGACCCGGAUGCCGAAACUUGUUCAAUCUGUUUGGACGAUUUCGAGGACGGGGCGGACGUGAAAGUCCUUCCUUGUCAGCACUUUUUCCACGUGGACUGCAUCAACCCGUGGCUUGAAGGCCGCAGUGGACGCUGCCCACUUUGCAAGCAAGACGCUAUCGCCACGAUUGCUGGGGAGGCCAAGAAGGUUUUUGGGUUUCCGCUGCCUAGAAUCGAUCAGAUACUUCAACAGGAACAUUGGAUUCAUACGUUCUUCCUCAUGCUGCCUGCAAGCUUCAUCAGCUGCCUUAUUGUCAAUGCUGCUGCAUCCAUCAUCGGCACAAUGUGGCCAUAA